GGAGAAGUGAUUCAGUGGUCGCAGCGAAGGGAACAGUCCCAGUACACUACGGCUUGGAGUUGACACAACAAUCUACUGACUUCUAAAAACGAUUGUGUUCUAAUAAAUAAAAAAAAGUUAGCAAAAGAAUAUGACAAUUAUCUGACGUGCUAUUUAGUAGAACUUGUCAAUGUGUAGUUGAGGCAGAUUAUUUUCUAAAAAUGAAAAAAAACGUAAAGAGUCUGCGAAAUCUCGCCAUGGGGUUGAUGGUUAUUACCCUGUGUAUCACGGUCCAGGAGUCGGAAUCAGCGGCGUGUCAUGGAUGUGCAACGGGAUCAGGGUGUGACUGCAGCGGAGUGAAAGGAGUCAAGGGUGAAAGGGGGUUUCCAGGACUACAGGGUCAGCUGGGUGUACCGGGGUUCCCCGGACCUGAGGGGCCCAUCGGUGGCAGAGGAGAGAAGGGUAGUGACGGACCUUCAGGGACUGGAGGUCCAAAAGGGAUAAGAGGACCUCCCGGACUGCCUGGAUUCCCCGGAACACCAGGAAUUCCAGGUCUCCCGGGACAGGAUGGCCCCCCAGGCCCCAAAGGAACUGCAGGCUGCAACGGGACUAAGGGUGAGCGAGGAUUCCCAGGAAGCCCAGGCUUCCCCGGACUGGAGGGUCGAUUGGGUCCACCUGGUUUUCCAGGGCAAAAGGGAGACCCAGGUGACAUCAUCACAGCUGAACGUUUCGGACAGAUAGGAGGUGCAGGUCUGCCUGGCCUGCCUGGAGUUCCUGGUGACCAAGGCCCCUCGGGAUUGUCCGGUCCUACCGGCCCUCCCGGCCCCAGAGGUUAUGAGGGUCGUCCUGGGCCUCCUGGUCUUCCUGGUCCAAAGGGAAACAUGGGGUUGAACUUCCAAGGUCCCAAAGGAGAUAAGGGUAAUUCAGGUCUGCAGGGACCUCCCGGACCACCAGGACAAGUUGGGGAGCAAACAAGACCCUCAGUGUCGAGUAUUCAGAAAGGAGAAACGGGUGAUCAAGGUUUACCUGGUCCACCUGGUGAUCCUGGUUAUCCUGGACCCCCUGGUUCGUCUGGUGGUUUGAAGGGAGAGAAAGGAGAAAACGGAGAAGCAGGCAAAAGGGGCAAACCGGGGAAAGAUGGAGACCCAGGUCCUGCUGGAUUCCCUGGUAGUAAGGGAGACCCAGGUGGGCCAGGUCUGCCAGGUCGGGAUGGUGACAGGGGUUCCAAAGGUGACCGUGGAUAUCCUGGACGCCCAGGCGUGCAGGUGAGCAAUGGUCCAACUACAGUUGGUCCUAAAGGAGAAUCUGGGCGUCCUGGGGAGACGGGAAGGAAAGGAGACAGAGGGCAACCUGGUCUUUCGGGUCCUCCAGGUCAACCAGGGACCCCAGGUAUCGGAGGUGGAGGCCAGCCCGGUUUACCAGGCUUCCCAGGAGAGAGGGGCCAGAAGGGAGACGAGGGCCAGCCAGCCAUCUCCGUCCCCGGGAACCCAGGACGAGGUGGCGCCCCUGGUCUGCAGGGACCUCCAGGACCUCCUGGGCCCCCAGGGGUCUCCAAUGGGGGUAUUAACUGUAUAGGAGGGGCCCCCGGGUUACCAGGACAACAAGGCAAUAUAGGAUUCCAAGGAGAAACCGGACAGAAAGGUGAGAAGGGAGACACCUGCGUUAACUGUUUCUCCAGAGGCAACAGUGUCCCUGGAGCACGAGGCCCUCCCGGACCUCCUGGGUUCCCAGGUGGACCUGGAGGACCAGGGGCUAAAGGUGACAGAGGAUUCCCAGGCGGCCCAGGGCCCUCAGGUUCUUCUGGUUUGCCCGGUCCCCAGGGUGCUCCUGGUUUCCCAGGAGAGAAGGGUGACCCAGGUGAGGCUACCGCUGUGAAUGGGGUGAGCGGAGACAAGGGAGACACAGGGUUUCCAGGACCCGCUGGCCUGCCUGGUCUGGACGGAAGACCUGGUCGCGAUGGAGGUCCUGGAGCUCCUGGAGCCAAAGGAUCAUCUGGAUCUCUAUUAGUGAAGGGUGAGCGAGGACCUCCAGGUGAGCCCGGUUUGCAGGGUCUCCCAGGUGACAGGGGUGCCAACGGAUCCCCAGGCUUCGGCCCCCAGGGGCCCCCCGGAGAGAAGGGUGUCCAAGGUGUCUCAGGGAGAACGGGAACACCUGGAGCACCAGGAGGUAAAGGGGAGCCGGGUCAGACGGUAGCAGAGAAGGGCCUCCCAGGACCCAGAGGACAGGAUGGAGACCCCGGUCUACCUGGAAACCCAGGUAACCCCGGCGGGCCAGGACAGCCCGGUUUCCCCGGGUCACCAGGUCCCAAGGGUGAUCCCGGCCUCUCUGGCAUCGGACUGCCAGGACCCCCCGGAGCUAAAGGAUUCCCUGGCUCACCUGGUUUGCCAGGUGGUCCCGGAGGUCCAGGUAGACCAGGUGUGGACGGGUUCCCCGGACAGCCAGGUGCACCUGGAGCUAAGGGAGAGCCAGGCUUUGGGCUGUCAGGUCCCCAGGGCUCACCAGGCUUCCCCGGAGAUAAAGGAUUACCUGGACCCAAAGGAGACUCUGGUUUCCCUGGCAACCCCGGCUUGCCAGGACGAUCCGGCUUUGACGGCGGCCCUGGUGCCAAAGGUGACUCUGGUAUCCCUGGUAGAACCGGAGAUCGUGGCCCUCAAGGAUCACCCUCCAUCGGCUCUCAGGGUGUCCCCGGCCCUGUCGGACCCCCAGGACCUAUUGGUGCUCCAGGAUACUCAGGCAACAAUGGAGAGAAGGGAGACCCCGGUCUUCCUGGCCCGGGCAUUACAGGGUUGCCAGGAGACAGAGGAAGUCCCGGUUUCCCCGGCAGCCCCGGGGGAGUUGGACCUCAGGGUAACCCCGGUGGCCCUGGCCGCGAUGGAAUACCUGGCCUGCCUGGUGGUAAAGGAGACAUGGGUGUAAUGGGAACUCCUGGAUCUCUGGGAACCCCUGGCAACCCCGGAGGGCCCGGCUUCCCUGGACCUAAAGGUGACGAUGGUUUCCCAGGGCGACCAGGUGGGACCGGCAGUCCAGGUCUGAAGGGAGACAGGGGAGACCCCGGUCUCGUAGGACCCCCCGGGCCCAGCAACUCUCCCCCUACAAUCAAGGGAGCCAAAGGAGAUGCAGGAGAACCAGGUUUGCGAGGUCAGCCGGGUCAGAAGGGUAUUUCCGGUCUCCCUGGAGACGCUGGUAUACCAGGACAGGAUGGAAGACCUGGGUUACCUGGACCUCAAGGUCCCAAAGGAGACAUGGGUAUCCCUGGAGGAUCAGGCUCACCAGGAAGCCAAGGACUUAAAGGCAACAUGGGAGAGAUGGGCUUCCCAGGACCCACAGGAGCGAAAGGAACUCCAGGUCAGCUAGGUCGGUCAGGCGUACCCGGUAGUUCAGGAGCACCAGGGUUCCCCGGAGCUAAAGGAGACCCAGGUUCCCCCGGAUUUGGUGCCACAGGAGCUACAGGUCCCAAGGGUGAGCCUGGUCGGUCGGGAUUCCCCGGACAAAAUGGAGUGAAAGGAACUCCCGGAACACCAGGGCUUCCAGGGUUUCCCGGUGGCCCCGGAGCCAAAGGCGACCCCGGCCUCCCAGGAUUCCAAGGUUCUCCCGGUAUUCCCGGGCCUAAGGGUCUGGACGGUACCCCUGGUAACCCCGGUCUCGCCGGAGGCCCCGGGCGACCGGGAGAGAAUGGCCGUGCCGGAUCACCUGGGUUCCCAGGCGACAAGGGUCAGGCAGGUCGCGACGGAAUCCCUGGACCAGCGGGAGUCAAAGGAGACCAAGGUCUUUCUGGUUUCGGCGGCCCAGGUUCUCCUGGUCUCCCAGGUUCACCAGGUGCUAAGGGAGAUUUUGGCGCCCCUGGUCUUCCAGGUAACCCUGGGUUCCCUGGUCAGAAGGGAGAGAUGGGCUUCCCCGGCCAACCUGGGUCCCCCGGGAGCAUCGGGCCCCCUGGUGCCACAGGUGUGGCCCUCCAGGGGCCCAAGGGUAACAGUGGAUCCCCCGGCGCCCCUGGAAGAGGAGGUCCUCCUGGCCCAGAGGGUCCUCGUGGCCUUGGGGGCAGCGGAGGGACCAAAGGUGAGAAGGGAAUCCCUGGAUCUUCCGGAUCCCCUGGUUUCCCCGGAGCGAAGGGAGAAUUGGGAUCGCCCGGAUUCCCAGGUAUUCCUGGCCCUCCUGGAGGCAGCGGGCUGAAGGGAGACAUUGGACUUCCCGGCGUUCCCGGAUUCCCAGGACUAAAGGGAGAAUCUGGAAGCCCUGGAUCAUCCGGUCUGCCUGGAGAUCCUGGAGAUCCUGGUCCUGCUGGAAACCAAGGUGACCCGGGUGUCGCUGCGACCCCCAUCAUGCUGAAGGGAGAACGUGGCCCCCCUGGCCCUUCAGGUCUGCCAGGCAACCGUGGCUCCCAAGGACCCCCCGGACAGGAGGGACGCUCAGGUCAGCCCGGUCAACCAGGGGACCCCGGUCCUGAAGGACCCCCAGGAUUCAGUGGAGCUUUCGGCCGCAAGGGAGACUCUGGACCCGCCGGACAGCCAGGUCAGCGUGGGUACCCAGGUCCCACUGGUUCAGAUGGUCAGCAGGGUCCCCCAGGUAACCCCGGCUCAGCCUCUGUGACCCAUGGCUUCCUGAUCUCGAGACACAGCCAGGCUGAAUAUGUCCCUAUCUGCCCCGAAGGGACCAGCCUCAUCUACGACGGGUUCUCUCUGCUCUACGUACAGGGCAACGAGAGGGCACACGGACAGGACCUCGGUACUGCUGGUAGUUGCCUGUUCAGCACCAUGCCAUUCAUGUUCUGUAACAUCAACAACGUGACUACUGACACUAACUACGCCUCCCGUAACGACUACACCUAUUGGCUGUCUACACCCAUGCCCAUGCCCAUGAGUAUGGCCCCUAUCACAGGAGAAGGCAUCAAACCUUUCAUCAGCAGGUGUGCAGUGUGUGAGGCCCCUGCCAUGGUGAUCGCUGUACACAGUCAAACCAUUCAGAUCCCCACCUGCCCCAGCUACUGGGAACCACUGUGGAUCGGAUACUCCUUCAUGAUGCACACCAGUGCAGGUGCUGAGGGCUCUGGUCAGGCUCUGGCCUCUCCUGGCUCCUGUCUAGAGGAGUUCCGGAGCUCUCCCUUCAUCGAGUGUCACGGCCGAGGGACCUGCAACUACUAUGGCAACACAUACAGCUUCUGGCUGGCCACUGUCGACCAAUCAGAAAUGUUCAGGAAGCCACAGUCAGAGACGCUGAAGGCAGGUAACCUAUCGACGCGCAUUAGCCGCUGUGUGGUCUGUAUGAAGAGGACGUAACAGCGCGGUGGCAACCGUUGCCGGGGACGACCGACAACGACAAUGGCGGCAGGCGGGCGGAGUGGGGGUGAUGUUGACGUCUCCGUGAGAACAAGGUGGAACUCCAAUGGUGCAUUGUCUUCCGGAAACAGCAACUUCAUUGGUGCUACUGUGCAACACAGCAAGAAAAGAAAAAAUGUUGAUAAAAUGAAUUUAUUUAAUCUUUUAUUCUUUUUACUUACCUCAAGUACGUCAAAAAGAAACACACAAAAUCCACAAAAGGUGCCAUGGUGAAUGUGUGACAAAAGUGCAUUUUGUUGAAAUUUUUUCUGUAUUUCGCAGAGAAUAUAUAUAUAUAUAUAAAGUGUUAUCAAUAAUGGUAACACUUCAUUUUAAGGGGUCCUGAUUACAGUGUAAUUAAAUGUGUAAUUGCGCUGUAUCAAAUAUUGUAUUUAAUUGUAAUAACUCAUAGUUACACUGUAAUAACAACAUGUAACUGGUGAUAAUUUCAGUCUGUAAUUACAGGGGUGUAACAACAAAUGCUUGUUACCAUGCUUGUUACCAUGCUUGUUACCAUGCUUGUUACCAUGCUUACCAUGCUUGUUACCAUGCUUACCAUGCUUGUUACCAUGCUUACCAUGCUUGUUACCAUGCUUGUUACCAUGCUUACCAUGCUUGUUACCAUGCUUACCAUGCUUGUUACCGUGCUUGUUACCAUGCUUGUUACCAUGCUUGUUACCAUGCUUGUUACCGUGCUUACCAUGCUUGUUACCAUGCUUGUUACCGUGCUUACCAUGCUUGUUACAAAUGUCUCCACUAAAUUCACCAAUAAGUGUUAACUGUCACAAGGUUGUAAUCUCUUCUGGACAGAUGUUCUGGAUCCAAGAUUACAAAGUUUGGAGGCUCAAUAGGCUCUAAUUACCCGUGUUCGCGCACACUUCAAAAUCUCCGCUCGUUGUUGUUAGCAGUUUCCCCCAAAAAAGUGUAUCAACUUGGUUGAGUUUCCAAAAACAGAUCAGGUAUAGGACAACCUCACUGACUGGAGUCUACCAUAUGGGUGUCUAUACCGGAUUAUAAUAAAUAUUUUACUUACAAUGAUUAUGUAUGUUGUCCAUUAUGUGGGAGGAUAAACCCACAAGUACACCGCGGACUACAUAUAAUAUAAGUACAAGUACAAUGUAAUUACUGUUACAAAGGAUUUCAGAACGUUAAAAUGAAGUGUAUCUUGAUGGAUACUUACUUGUAAUUAACGUGUACUUAUAUAGUACAUUGCCCAUCCCGACAGCUUGGACCUCAUUAUAACGCUUCUGGAAGCACCAUCAAAGUGAGAAAAUAAACACACUAGUACACAACAGAGUACAUGUAAUAUAUGUAUAAGUACAAUGUCAUUAUUUCUGCUAGCUAAUCCCAAAAAAUCUCAACAGAUUGCAUGGAAAGUCUAUUCCGUAGAUGGUAAAAAAAAACUAGCUAGCUAGCCUAGUUGGUAGGCCCAAUAAAAACGCCAGCUCACAUUUGCUAGCUCGCUAUCUAGCCAACACAAGGCCAGCUAACAUUUGCUAGCUAGCUAGCCAACACAAGGCCAGCUAACAUUUGCUAGCUAGCUAGCCAACACAAGGCCAGCUAACAUUUGCUAGCUAGCUAGCCAACACAAGGCCAGCUAACAUUUGCUAGCUAGCUAUCUAGCCAACACAAGGCCAGCUAACUACCUAUGUUAAAUGUUCCUCAACAGCAAAACCCUUGCAAAGUUACAUGAUGGAAUAAGAGUUUGUCUUAUGACCAUUUUAAGUGCAUUUAUAUAUUCAACCAAGAUUAAUAGGCUUUGGCACAAAUGACCAUAACUGUUUAUGUGUCUAAAAAUGUUUAAUUAAAGUAAUUGACCAAUUGUCAAAUGCACCAUUAAAUCAUUUAAACAAUGUUUUUGAUGUGAACCAUUUGGGAACCCUUUGUUGCCUUUGGACCUGGGAAUCAGGCUCCAGAUCUUUUUUUUGCAGAGUUGUGUCAAUGUAGUGGUCGGUUUUUAAUUGGCUAACACUUAUCACGUGGUUUGUGCAGGCUGAAAUAUGGUGCGUUGGGAUACUUUCGGAAACUGUAACAUCUAUAACAAGCAUGGUAACAACCAUUUGUUGUCACACCCCUGUGUGUAACAGCAAUUACCACCAGUUACAUAUUGUUAUCACAGUGUAACUAUAAGUUAGUUAUUACAAUUAACUACAAUAUUUGAUACAGUGUAAUUACAUAUGUGAUUACACUGUAAUAAGGACCCAUUAAAAUUAAAUGUUACCAAAAUAAUACAUGUGGAUUUUUGGUUAUUGGCACAGACGAGGUACAUCAUUUUGUUUUUAGACAGAUGUGCUAUUUUUUUAGUUUUUAGUAUUUUUUUAGUUUUGUUGUUACCAAAUCGGCACUUUGACCUCGGAACAUCAAAGAGAACAGAUGCACUGAUGAGCUUUCUUAGCGAGACUGAUUAUUUUCUAGGCUUACAUUUUUUUUAAUGAAUCUUUCCAUUGUUCUUUUUUAUAAAAAAUAAAAAAUAAUAAUUCUCCUUGGUGCUAUUAACUAACACUGUUAACACUGUCUCCCAGCCUGUUAACUACUGGCCUUAUUUCUCUUCAUGUAAGUAAUUCAAUGUGUAUAUUAUGUAAGACAUAAAAUAGGUAUUUAGCUAUAAUACGAAUUUCUGGGUUAUUUUUGUUUGUUCACUCUGCUUCACUCAUUGCAUUUAUUCAUGGAUUCAUUCAUUCACUCAUUCACUCACAAAUAUUGUACAAAGUAUGGCAUCAAUAAAUGAAACAGUAUUUUAUAUAUAUAUAUAUAGAAAAAAAGUAUAAUUAUAUCAGCUUUAUUUAGAUACGGGCGUGAGAUUUUUUCAUCAUUCAUUUAUUUUAUCUCCAAAAGGUCGUCAUUUUUUUCCCAUUUCACAAAACUAUUGACUGUUGUCCUCCUCCUGACAACAAAAGUGUUUCCCGGUCAACCAAUCAAAGACCCUAUCCUAUGAUGAUGUACUGUGUAUGAUAAUGCCAAUCACUCAAGCUUUUGUAUUCGAUUUUUACUAGUAAUCUAUCGUUGAAUGCAACAAUAGGUUGAUAAUUAAAUCCACUCCACACCUUAAUAGAAAAUGACUCAAGUAAAAGUGAUAGUCACUCAAUAAAAUACUACUUGAGUAAUAGUCUAAAAGUAUUUGGUUUUAAAUAAAUCAUUUCAAAUUCCUUAUAUUUAGUAAACCAGAUGGCACAAUUCUCUUUUUUUUCUUUUUCUUUUACGGGUACGCAGGGCACACUCCAACACUCAGACAUAAUUUACAGAGAGCCAGGGGCACACACUCCAACACUCAGACAUCAUUUACAGAGAGCCAGGGGCACACUCCAACACUCAGACAUCAUUUACAGAGAGCCAGGGGCACAUUCCAACACUCAGACAUCAUUUACAGAGAGCCAGGGGCACACUCCAACACUCAGACAUCAUUUACAGAGAGCCAGGGGCACACUCCAACACUCAGACAUCAUUUACAGAGAGCCAGGGACACACUCCAACACUCAGACAUCAUUUACAGAGAGCCAGGGACACACUCCAACACUCAGACAUCAUUUACAGAGAGCCAGGGGCACACUCCAACACUCAGACAUCUUUUACAGAGACAGGGGCACACUCCAACACUCAGACAUCAUUUACAGAGAGCCAGGGACACACUCCAACACUCAGACAUCAUUUACAGAGAGCCACGGGCACACUCCAACACUCAGACAUCAUUUACAGAGAGCCAGGGGCACACACUCCAACACUCAGACAUCAUUUACAGAGAGCCAGGGGCACACUCCAACACUCAGACAUCAUUUACAGAGAGCCAGGGGCACACACUCCAACACUCAGACAUCAUUUACAGAGAGCCAGGGGCACACUCCAACACUCAGACAUCAUUUACAAACUAAGCAUGUGUGUUUAGUGAGUCUGCCAGAUCAGAGGCAGUAGGGAUGACCGGGGAUGUUUUCUUGAAAGGGCGUGAAUUGGACCAGGAGUACUUUUAUUCCUGUCGAAAUGUAAGGAGUACUUUUGGGUGGCAGGGAAAAUAUAUGGAGUAAAAAAUACAUGAUUUUCUUUAGGAGUGUAGUCGAGUAAAAGUUGUCAAAAAUAUAAAUUGUAAAGUACAGAUACCAAAAAAAAAAAAACUUUAUAAGUAGUACUUUAAAGUAUUUUUAAUUAAGUAUUUUACACCACCGAUUCACAUCUUUACUCUGGUCUACGUUGUCCCACUAUGAACUGCCGGUAGUACGUUGCGUAUUGUUAUGUACUGAAAGAAUAGAAUUGAAUAGAAUUUGGUCUAUUCCUUCUUUUUCUAUUCUUCAGCCAAUGAGGAGAGCUGUAUGGGAUGAUUCUUCCUGUGAUGUUUUUCCAAGCUACUUUUUCAUUAUUAUUGUAAUGUACUUCUGGGGUGUGAAAAAAAUAUAUUAAUUUCAGAAAUCUA